AUGUCGACUAAAUCCUACGCCACAUUGCUCUUCGCUUUCGUCAUCUUCUAUGACAACCUUGAAAGACCAACACCAACCCGCAGCUUGAGUCCCACUCCACAAUUGGAUACUAUGCGCUGGUCCACCAAGCUUCACAAUACCUUCGAACGCAUUAAAUUUGGUAUCAGAGGCACCACUCUCCCCAGCGGCAUGCUUCCGUACGAAAUAUGGCUCUUAAUCGUCGAUGCCGUGGUUGACGACUUGGAAUCGACAGUCGAGCCAUUAACAUGGGUAUUGACCGGAUAUGAGUCCGAAAAGGUGACCGAUGAGAAUCGUGGUCUGAUGCUCGAUCAAAGCAAACCCCCCUGGUUUUACGGAAUCGAGCACUUCUUGAUUGACGACGCCAGAAACUGGGAAAAGAGCAAAAUCAAGCACCGGCAAGAUGCCAUGGAAGUCCUGUAUAACUUUACACUGGUCGACCGCAGAACUCGAGAGAUUAUCAACAGACGACUACCACGAUGUACCUUUCUCCAUAGGAAUUGGUUCGAGCGCGGUAGGCCACUGGAGAAGCCUUCGACCUCAAUACGAAUCGUCCCGAGCAUUGAUCAGUUUCCUUACUUUGUCAGACGUCCUGCUCCGCAUUCUCACAUGAAGCGUUACAGGGCUCUUUUCAGUCCUUGGGAAUACCACGGCUGCGUGGAACCUUUCUCUCAUAUUCAGACGAUACUGCUUUCGGCGAUUCUGCUCAGGCCCGGCUGGGUUUACCAUCUCAAACACCACUUCCAGUACUUGCAGAAAAUGCCUAGUUUGAGGAGUGUAGAGUUCAGAGCAAAACGACCGUACAGGGAAGCGGACGAAAUUACUUACUAUACAGUAGAGGGCAGUCUUCUCACUUUUCUGCCUGGGGAUGAGAAUUUGGACAUGGACGAGAUUAUUUCGAUGUGGAGGUCGCUCAAAGACAGAGGGGUCAGGUUCACUGCGAGCCAUUCCAAGGCUUUGGUCGAGUUUACCUGA